ACUGAAUGGGUUGUUUCACAAGGUGAGGGUUCACAUAUAUGUUUUAAACCACUUCCCGUCCGGCCAUUGUAUAUAAACAGCCGGACGAUAGCAGUGCAUGGGUGGGUGGCCAAUUUUAAAUGGCAUCCCCGCCCCCUGCUUGUGCGUGCUCCCUGGGAGCGCACAGCACUGCAAUCCGGUGCCUGCUGUGUCCUCGGACACAUUGGAACAUCAAUCGUUGUACGAGACCUCUGUGCGAGGUUCCGAUCAUAUAUGAUCAUUGAUUGGCCAAUCAGUGAUCACAUGAAGAGUAGUAAACAAGAUGUCACUUCUCACAUCAUUGCUUACUACGUGUGAAAUCUGUGAAUGAUCACAGAGGUCACAUGGUACAAGGCUGUUGUGAAUAGCCUUGUAUCAUGUGACCUCUGUGAUCAUUCACAGAUUUCACACGUAGUAAGCAAUGAUGUCAGAAGUGACAUCUUGCUUACUACUCUUCAUGUGAGCACUGAUUGGCCAAUCAGUAAUCACAUGAUCGGGACCUCGCACAGAGGUCCCAUACAAUGAUCGGUGUUCCACUGUGUCCGGAGGACAUAGCGGGCACCAGAUCGCGGGGCUGCGUGCUCCCAGGGAGCGCGCACAAGCAGGUGGUGGGGAGGCCAUUUAUAAACGGCCACUCGCCCCUGCACUGCCACCGCCCAGCCAUUUAUUUACAAUGGCCGGACGGGAAGUGGUUAAUAUGAAUGAUUC